GCUGCCGGUUCGCUGGAUUCCCGCACAAAGGCUGGAUGCGCAGGAGCCCCGGGCGCCGUUCGCAGGAAUUUCGCUGCGUUCCUCCCGUCUGGUCGCUUUAUCCUCCGGCUUCGGGUUCCUGCCGCGCUAAACCACAAAUGGACCGGGGUCUUCUGCUGUGAGGGAGGAAGGGAAAGCGAGAGAAAAACGGGAGGCACGCCGCGAGGGGAGAAGACAGCGUUUGGGCACCGCGCGAAGAAGAGGCGAAGAGGCAGCGAUGGGCACAGUGCUCUCCAUAUCGCCGACAUUGAGGAAGGGGGGCGCUGUCGAUGUCAAGACGGAGGGGCUCCAUCCAUCCGCUAAUGGCAAGGUGGAUAAAAGCCUUAAGAGGCAGCCAGUGCUGAUACCAGCGCUCACAUGGAAGAGACUGGUUGUUGCUUCGGCCAAGAAGAAGAGCGCCAAGAAGGUGAACCCGAGCAGCUCGGUGCCGCCGGCCGGCGACCCGGUCGAGCAGCUCAACAAUGAAAACCUUAAGAAGUCGCAGCAGUCUGUUUCAGAUCGGAAGGGGCACCGCGAUCCGAAGCUGGGGCCGCUCGCCGUUCCGGUACCGACGGUUCCUGACCACAGUGCGGCGCCCAGUCAGACCCAGAAUCAGAAUGGGAAACAGCUGGGGUCGGUGCAGAAAAAGCCUAGUUCCCAGUCCGUCACCUCCCCGAGGCGCGUGGUCGUGCAGGCGUCCACCGGCGAGCUGCUGCGGUGUCUCAGCAAGUUCAUAUGUCGCAGGUGCUUCAAACUCAAAGAGCUGAGCCCCAACGAGAUCAUCCUGUGGUUCCGCAACGUGGACCGCUCCCUUCUGGUCCAGGGCUGGCAGGACCAGGGCUUCAUCACCCCUGCCAACCUGGUGUUCGUGUACCUGCUGUGCAGGGAAGCGGUGACAGACGACAUCGACAGCGAGUACGAACUCCAGGCCACCUUCCUGACCUGCCUCUACCUGGCGUACUCCUACAUGGGCAACGAGAUCUCGUACCCCCUGAAGCCCUUCCUGGUGGAGAGCAACAAGGAGUCCUUCUGGGAGCGCUCCCUGCGGGUCAUCGACAACAUGAGUGCCAAGAUGCUGCAGAUAAAUUCGGAUCCUCAUUUCUUCACCGAGGUGUUCCAGGACCUCAAAAACGAAGGGGAGACGAGGGAAACGAGCAUCAAAAGUGUGAACAGCCCGGAGCGCUAAACGAAAUAAGCAGAGCAGUGUCGAGACGAGAAACGUAGAAAUUAGAAUGCAUUUCUUCUUGCACCUGUUCUGGGAGGUGGCCGAACGCACGGGCUGCGCGGAUGGAGGUGGAUCAACAUCACGCACUAGAGCCAUUGAAUCAAUCCGAAUUUUGAGUAACCCUUUUCAUAAAAUAUUCUUUUUUUAUGUUUUGACAGUGUGAAAUACCCCGUGCUACUGUGAAUCAUAGUACACUGGGGGACAGGGGCAGAGGCGGAUCGGUGAAUGCAUGCCUAAAGUGUUCUGAUUUGUACCUUCAUUGUGGCUGUCAAAAAUGACCGUGUGGAGCAAGGUGACAGUGGAGACAUGGAAAUGUUAGCUAGUACGACAAUGCUGUAACAGUGUAUUUCCAUAUUUAUUUCAAAAUGCAACGAGGGCGGAAGCGGAGGAGCAGCAGCAGCACUAUUAUGAUGUUGUGGGGCUAGGAGCUGUCCAGGGUUCUGACCACCGGCGCACAUAUUGCACUGUAUGAUGUCUAACCUCAUAAUAGCUGAACUAUGAAUGUGUAUUUUUUCCGAUGGCGACGAAAUGUCACUGUAUUAUUCUACGUGCCAAUUGUUAUAGUACAGAACGUGUUGUUUUAUAUGGUACAUUUGAAAAUUAUGUAUAUAUAUAUAUAUAUAUAUCCAUAUGUAUAUAUAUUAAUAGCAGUGCUAUCUUCCUUUCCUGCGAUGGCAUAUGAAUUUAUUUUUUGACAUCUGCAGGCUCCUAUGAAGAGGCAGGAACCGAAGUCAACAAGCGUUUACGAAAUGUUUAUGAAAGUAAAUGCUGCAGUCGUUUUGCUGUCAUAGUCCACUAGUAGCCCGGCUAACCUGGCCACUCUUCUCAUAUGAUGCUAGUUAUGUCUUUUUCUUAAUCAGGUUGUGUUUAUUCGAUCUGUGCUGGUAUGUUUCAGAAGGACGCAACAGCGAGUGAUUCUCUGUGCAACAAUCGACAGAUAGGUCGGGCUUCUCGGUGCGAAUAAUUAUUUGUAAAAUAUAUACGUAUGUAUGUGAGAGGAAGAGAGGGCCUCUGUGUGUGUGUGUGUGUGUGUGUGUGUGUGUGUGUGUGCGCGCGCGCGCGUGCGUGUGGGCAGGUGGGUGGAUAUGAUUAUGAGGCGCACUAACAAAUCGAAACAUGUCCAAAUGUAUUACUGGAACUUAAGUAUCCGUGUUCUCUUGUGAAUUCCAUGUAACAAACACAGGAUUAUGUCACACAGCAAGUGCUCAAAAUUACAGAAGUUCACUGGUCUGAAGCUAUUAUUUUAAUUAAAUCGCCGUAAUUCCUGCCUGUUUCUUUUCAUUUCCAAUGAG